CUCGUAUUUCCUAUAGAGUACGGAGUAGUAUUUAAUUUAUGUAUUAAAAUUUAAAAUCCAAAAAAGAGUAAUGCUAAAAAAUCUCUACUACAGUACAUACGACUUUUACUGCUAAACAAAUUUCGAUUACAUACACCCUGGCGUCAACUUAUUUCCAGCUUGUCACUAUUUCCUCACCCCACCCCACCCCACCCCACCCCUCCUUCCUCCUCACGUCUACUCUUCUUUUCUCUCUCCUCCAUUCCUUCCUCUAUAUAUACCCCCCUUUCUCAUCUUUCCCUCAUUACCAUUCAUUUCCCAACUCAAAAAAAAAAAAAACAACAUUUACAAACCUUUGAACAUUUUAUUGUACUACUACAAUUACAACAACUAAAAGAGAGAAUUCAUUGUGAUAACAAUCUUAUUAUACAAUUAUGGGUAUAUGUUCGUCUUGUGAAUCGACCUCGGUCGCAACAGCAAAGCUUAUACUAGAAGAUGGAAGACUAGAAGAAUUCUCCUACCCUGUUAGAGCUUCAUAUCUUCUUUCCAAGGAUCCCAAUGUGUUCAUUUGUAAUUCCGAUGAGAUGGAUUUUGAUGGAUUUGUUUCCGCUGUUCGGGCUGAAGACGAGCUUCAGCCCGGACAGCUUUACUUUGCGCUACCAUUGGCUAAACUUAGCCGUCCCCUUCACGCGGAGGAUAUGGCGGCGCUCGCUGUUAAAGCGAACGCCGCUCUUUUGAAGAGCCGCGCUGCGGGGAAGUGCGGCUGUCGGAAGAAGGGUGGGUUUUUCGGGGGUGGGGAGAAAGAAGAGAGAUCUUCUGCCAAAGUAGCGGACAUAGGGUCCGCUGCUGGCAGAAGAAUGAAAAAUAUUGGGAACCGGAAUCGGAACCGGAGUAAUGGGAUUAAUGGGAUUAAUGGAAGGAGAAUGAUUUCUGUGGGUAAUUUAAGCGCGAUUCCUGAAUAAAUUGGAAUGCAAAUCAAAAUUGGGAAUGAGAAUUUUAGAUUAGAUUUGUGUAAAUAGGUUGAUUAAUUGUAAAAUUAUUAGAUGAUUAGUGGUUCAAUUUACCAAUUUUGAUCAUGGAUGGUUUAGAUUAGCCCACAAUUUUGUUCGUUAUUGGAUUAAUUUAAGUGAAAUUACUCAAGUACUCAACUAUUUGAUUAUUUUGUCGUA